AUGGAGCAACCUCUAAGAUAUAUUAUUAUGGGAGAGUCAUCUAAUGUGUUUUUUUUGAAGAAGUCAAUUUACAAGCUCAAGUGGAGUCAACAUGCUUGGUUCACUAAGUUUAGUUGUCUUCUCACCACAUUUAACUUCUCAUCAUAUGUUGUAGAUCUCACAAUACUCACAAAGAAGACUAAGGGCAGCCUAGUCAUUUUUGCAGUCUACAUUGAUGACAUUUUUAUGAUUGGGAGUGAUGAUGCCGACAUUCAUUAUAUCAAAGCUCAUUUGCAACAACACCUUAGCAUAUGUGACUUAGGAACUCUAAGGUAUUUUCUUGGGAAUUGA